AUGGCUAACGCGGCGUCUGGAAUGGCUGUGCAUGAUGAUUGCAAGCUGAAGUUCAUGGAACUGAAGGCGAAACGAACAUUCCGCACCAUAGUCUACAAGAUUCAUGACAAGCAAGUGGUUGUCGAGAAGCUCGGCGAGCCUGAACAAUCGUACGACGACUUCGCAGCGAGUCUUCCGGACAACGAAUGCCGAUACGCCAUUUACGAUUUCGACUUCGUCACUGAGGAGAACUGCCAGAAGAGCAAGAUCUUCUUCAUCGCAUGGUCUCCGGACACGGCGAAAGUGAGAGACAAGAUGAUUUACGCGAGCUCUAAGGAUAGGUUCAAGAGAGAGCUAGAUGGGAUUCAGGUGGAGCUUCAAGCAACCGAUCCAACUGAGAUGGGUCUUGAUGUUUUCAAGAGCCGCACCACCUAA